GCAGGGUUUCCGCUUCCGCCUUCUCCCUCCUCCCGCUUGUCCUCCGGCCGCGGUAGCCAGCCUACUGCCCCUGUCGGGCCCGGUGUCGGUGGGUCGGUUGGCUUGACUCUCAACGUCGGUGUCCGUACCGUUGAACUGUCCGCCAUGACCGAGCUCGAUCCGUUCGGCGCCCCCGCCGGUGCCCCCAGCGGGCCCGCGCUGGGGAACGGGGUGGCCGGUGCCGGCGAAGAAGACCCGGCCGCGGCCUUCCUAGCGCAGCAGGAGAGCGAGAUUGCUGGCAUCGAGAACGACGAGGCCUUCGCCAUCCUGGACGGCGGCGCCCCCGGGCCCCUGCCACACGGCGAGCCGCCGGGAGGUCCCGAUGCUGUGGAUGGAGUGAUGAACGGUGAAUACUACCAGGAGAGUAACGGUCCAACAGACAGCUAUGCAGCUAUUUCACAAGUGGAUCGAUUACAGUCAGAACCUGAAAGUAUUCGAAAGUGGAGAGAAGAGCAGACGGAACGCUUAGAAGCCCUAGAUGCCAAUUCUCGGAAGCAAGAAGCAGAGUGGAAGGCAAAAGCCAUCAAGGAGCUAGAAGAGUGGUACGCCAGGCAGGAUGAGCAGCUACAGAAAACAAAAGCGAAUAACAGGGUGGCAGAUGAAGCUUUCUACAAACAACCCUUCGCUGACGUGAUUGGUUAUGUGGCGGCAGAAGAAGCCUUUGUAAACGACAUUGACGAGUCGUCCCCUGGCACUGAAUGGGAACGGGUGGCCCGUCUGUGUGACUUUAACCCCAAGUCCAGCAAGCAGGCCAAAGACGUCUCCCGCAUGCGCUCUGUCCUCAUCUCCCUCAAGCAGGCCCCCUUGGUGCACUGAAGAGCCACCCUGUGGAAACACUACAUCUGCAAUAUCUUAAUCCUACUCAGUGAAGCUCUUCACAGUCAUUGGAUUAAUUAUGUUGAGUUCUUUUGGACCAAACCUUUUGUCUUUAGAGUUGAUCAUUGUUUGUGAUUGCAUGUUUCCUCAACUGUGUUCUCCCUGGCAUUCAGAGAGGAGGGAGAGGCGGCAGAGGGAGGGGGAGAGGAGGGAGGGAGGGAGGGAAGCCUCCCUACGGUGGCCUCAACCUGUGCUUUUGUGCAUUAUUCUGAGAAUAAAAUUUCUGUUUCAA